UAUAAUUGGAUUUGGUUCUGAUGGUUGUAAUGUAAUGAUGGGGGCCCAUAACUCUGUUGCAAGUCGCUUUCGAGAACAAUGUCCAGGAAUUUUUGUAAUGAAAUGUGUUUGCCAUUCUGCACAUCUCUGUGCAAGUGAAGCAUGUAAAGCACUUCCCAGAAGAUGUGAAGAUUUGGCAAGAGAAAUUUUUAAUCACUUUAAAUGCAGCAGCAAGAGGCAGAGUGAAUUAGUACAGUUUCAGGAAUUUCUUAACCUGAAACCACAUAAGAUUUUGCACCCCUCCCAGACAAGGUGGUUGUCAUUAGUUGCAGUUGUUGUUCGUCUGUUAGAGCAAUGGGAAGCCCUUAAGAUGUAUUUUACAGAUAUUUGGUUUUCUGAGAAGGUUGUACCAGCCGAGCUUAUAUUUCAUGAUCUUCACAAUCCCUUCAUUAAAUCCUAUUACCUAUUUCUUGAAUGGAUUUUGCCAAAAUUCACAAAUUUCAAUACAUAUUUUCAGUCUGAUAAAACAGUUAUCACAGUACUGCAUGAGAAGUUAUGCAUGCUUUAUAGGGAGCUACUUCUUUCUUUUAUGGAAAGAGAAUACAUCAUGAAAACAGCUCUGGAGUCAGUUGAUCCUUUUAGGCAAGAUAGAUACCUAAGUGAUAGUGAAAUGUAUCUUGGACUGGGAGUACGAAAAGAACUUGAUAAACUAAAUCCUAAUGAACAUAAAUCUCAUUUGAAGGAGUUUUAUAAACGCUGUAGGGACUUUUUAGUUAUAGCAUGUGCGGAGAUCAAGAAAAGGUAUGAUUUUAAGGACAAUGUGAUCUCCAAGCUGUGUUGCUUAACUCCGGAAAAUGCAAUAUCUAAUUCUUUUAGAAAGUCAACCCCUUCUUUGUACUCACUCAUUGUGGAACUACCUUUAAUUGUGUCACCACAUGAUUGUUCAGUCAUACAGAAAAUUGACGAUCAAUGGAGAAUAUUACCAGCAUUCAAAGACAUUUUGCAAAUUGAUGAGAUAUUGUCAGUUGAUAAUUUCUGGGUGAAGGUUUUACAGAGUGGGGAUAACUUCUCUGAACUUGCAAAUUUUGCUCUGUGCGCAGCUACCAACUGCCAAGAUCCAGCUUGUAACGCUGUUCUGUAUGACCCCCUCCCUGCGCCCAUGAAGAAUGUAGGACCCACCCCCGCCAAUGUGCCACUACCCACAAGGGAUGAUUGCUUCACGGGAUCUGAGAUCCCUUCUCGUUCACGCUCUCUCUGUACCCCCGAAGGUGAAGGGACAGAGAGAACAGAAGACCUCCAUAAGACGACUUUAAAGAAAUCGUCGUCUUCUUCGGCUAGGAAGUCAACGACAUCCUACGCCGAUGCGGUGAAGGCGAAGCCUAGCUCUUCUCAUUCGAAGAGCUCAAGAAGCAAGGCUUCUAAGGAGAACGCCCGCGCUCCUGCCGACCCAGAGAAGGUAACUCCUGUUGGGGUGGCGGGACUUAGCUCUUUUGAUCCCACCACUUUCUCAGCAGGAUUGUUGCAACAAGUGGGAGAGAUGGUUGGCUCUCUCGGUACAAGGUUUGAGCAAAUGUUUGCUCAACUUUCUAGUACCAUCAACCAAUCUGGUCAAUCAUUACAGGACCUCUCUAACCGAGUUAGGGAGCAUAAUGACCGCUUCGCUGGCCUCACUCAGGCCCCUCAAGCGAACUCCCCGGUGUGGCAGGUAACUGGUCCUCCGACAGCUACCUCCUUAUGA